UAAACAAAUGGGCACAUCUCUGAAACAAGGCUUAUAGAAAAUUAGUGUUGGCUAACCGUUUACAAUAUAGUAGGGUUUAGCUCCUCGCGUCGUCAGCAAACAACAUAGACAAUGAAGUUCUAUAUGCACUGUGAGAAGCCAGAGUUCACUGUUGUGCUGAAGCUAACUCCAACUAGUGAAACAUUUCAGCAUGCAAUAGACAUAUUCAAGAAAAAGUUAUGUGAAAAGUACCCCUCACUAGAUGCAUCAGUCAUAGAAUUAUGUGCCAAAAAUUGCAAAGGAAAGCAAAUCAACACAUUUGAUACAAUUAAACAUAGUGUUCAAGAAGCAGAGGACAUCUUUAUUGACAUUAUUGAUAAAAGUCCUGCCACCCAAGUUGUGGCUGCACCUAGCAAAAAGGUUACAGAAAUUGAAACUGAUCAACAGUCCCAGGGUAUGAUAAAUGCUGCAAUGAUUCAUGUUGGAAAUGAAAGGUACAGGAAAGCUAUAGAAAUCUAUAAGGAUAUUCUGAAGAAAUAUAAGAACCAUACCUCAGCUUUGCAAGGAUUGGUCCAGGUUUACUUGCGUGCUGAUAGGCCAAGACAGGCUUUGAAAUACACAGAAAUGGGGAUGAGGGCAUUCCCUGAAAAUGUUGAGUUUAUGGUUUUAGCAGGUGAAUGUUACAUUGGCUGCAAAGAUGCUGAAGCAGCACUUGACACUCUUAUGAAGUGUGUUAAAUAUGCAAGAAGCAAAGGGGGCAUGGGGAAAGAAGAAAAGCAAAACAUCCAGCUACUUCUAGCUAAGGCAUACUUGUUGAAAAAUGAAAAGGACAUGGCUAUAACUGUAUUGCAAGGCAUCUUAAGAGAAAACCUUGACAAUGAUGAUGCCUUGACUGAGUAUGCUCAGCUUCUCUUUUCUCUUGGUCCUGAGCAGUGUGAAGAAGCAAUGACAGUAAUUCUAGGUGUUCUGGCUAGAAAACAGGGUGACAAAAGAGCGAAAGAAGUUUUUGCAGAGAUGAUGAGAGAUGCAAAAGGAAUGGAAGUGCUGAAAAAGGCUGCAAAAUCCGUAUUUAAUGAUUCAGCUGCGUUGGUGUAUCUGGCAUCUUGUUUAAGAGACCACAGUGUCAUAAAUUCGUCGCUUGAGCUUUUUGAAAAUGCUCUUGAAAUUAGCCCGAAUGAUCCAAGCAUUGCUUUGAUAUAUAUUCAUACACUUGAAGUGAUUGAUAAUCAUAUAAAAAUUCUAAAUUUCGCACAAGAUUUCAUGAAAAGAUAUGAUAGCCCAGGAAUAGGAUGUAUGAUGCAUUCAUGUUUAAAUACUAUUUAUGACAUCAUUUUUAGUAACAUCUUAUCUGGUACAGGAGACAAGAUUGAACUUGCAAAAGAGUUAGAUUUUGAGACCCCUACCCCAGAGGCCAGCUAUACAUACACUGAUGAUGAUAGAUAUUUCCUUGCAUUUGUGUUCACUGUUGUCAAAGUCCUAUUUGUCAAUGGCCAUUUGUGUGGCAUUCCUUGGCUAUUGAAAGUGAUGAGUAGUUUCUAUCAAGGAAGAGAUUUACAUAAAAGCAACAUCAGAAAUGAAGCUGCGUAUUUCAACUGCAUACAUGAGAUAAUGAAAACAUUCUCUGAUCAUCUACCUGACUUGAGGGCUGUUCCAGAUGACAAUGUUCUUUACUUUGUUGGAGACAGUCAUUGCAUUCCAGCUGCAUGGCAAACGCUAAAUGCUCAGGAUCACAGUUAUAUAAUAAAGCCUGUAUUAUCAACUGGAACCAAAAUCUGGCACCUUCAGUCAGACUGUACCUUUUACCCAAAAGCCAACUUCUUUUCUGUGGUGAAGCGAAUACCCAAGGCAGCUAAGGUUGUGUUUGGCCUUGGAGAAAUAGAUUGUAGGGAGGCUCUGCUGAAAUGUUGGGAAAAGGCCAGAUAUGACAGAAUAGAAGACGGAAUGGAGGCAGUGAUUGACAUCUACCUUCAGGUGUUGAAGGACCUCCAGAGGGAGCAUGGCUGGCAGAUCUAUGUUCACCCUCUUAUGCCUGUACUGGACCUCACCAGGCCCAUAGUGGUGCAGUUCAACAGGCUGCUGGCAACCAAGCUUCUUCGGGAACAAACCCUUCAUUGGCUUAAUUUCGUGAACGAGUUAUUGACGGAGGAUGGGAAUGCGUUAAAGGCAGAAUAUGUAUUUGAUGGAACUCAUGUGCAUCCAUGUUAUGUGUCGUUACUGCAAAAUGCUUUGGCUGAAUACAAUCUAUAAAUGCUUUGCACAAAACUGAAUGUUUAUAAGCCAAAUAUGCAACUGCAGUAUUGUUUUAACUGUCAAGCCAGUUUGUUUGCCUGUUUGUGGUAAUGUACCCAAUUCUUGCCGUCACUCAUCAAAAUCUGACUGAAUAAAAGAAGAAAAAGUAAAAUAA